AUGGGUGAUUUUGAGUGCAGCAUUUGUUUCCUCAUGAAGCUUCUAUCUUGGAAUAUUAGGGGGUUAGGAAAGGCUGAAAAGCAAGGUAGAAUAAAAAAACUACUACAAGAUAGACACAUAGAUGUUGCCUUUUUUCAAGAGACCAAGAAGGCAGUGGUGUCUGAAAUUACUACUAGAAGACUCUGGGGUUGUAGAAAUAUGGAUUAUAUGUCUGUUGAUCCUGAAGGAACAGCUGGGGGGUUAUUAUGUAUUUGGGACCCUGAUGUAUUUCAAGUCUCUGGUUACUGCUGUAGUAGGAGGUACAUCUUGUUAUCUGGUUCCCUAUAUAAUUCUUUUAAUUGUGUGUUGCUUAACAUCUAUGCUCCUAAUGAAGUCAACAACAGAUCCAUUUUUGGGGACAAUCUUAUAAAGCUCAAAGUCCCUUUCCCUAAUCCUUGGUGCUUGGGGGGUGACUUCAAUGAAAUCAGGCAUAUGGGUGAAAGGUUAAUUUCAGAUCACUGCCCUCUGUUGAUGAAAGAGGAUGACAGAGAUUGGGGCCCCAAACCUUUCAGGUUCUCAAAUGCUUGGACUCUUCACCCUACUUUUCCCCAGCUUUUUGUUUCCUCCUGGACAAAUGCUACCUUUUCUGGGUGGUCUGGGUAUAUUCUUGUUCAAAAACUCAAACACCUUAAGUUGACUCUUAAAGCCUGGAACACUGAGGUGUUUGGAAACAUUUCUUUAAAACUCAAGGCCUUUGAGGAAGAGAUACAUGCUUUGGACAUUGAAGCAGAGGAGAGGGCUUUGCAGAAUUUGGAAAAGGCAAGAAGAAAUGUGCUCCAGGCAGAGUCGAAAUCUAAUAAACUCUAUUACAGUUAA